AUGAAUGCAAACGCCACAGUUAUUGAUCAGUCAACCCAAGUGUCUUGCAUCAACAGAGCACGUAUCAGCUGGGAAAAACGUGUUUCGAAAAGUCUCAACAACAUGAGCACCGAGCUAAACGUUCCGCUGUCCAAACGACGUUCCGAUAGAGAACAGCGAGAAGUCAUUGCUAGAUGGACAGAGCUGGGCACGAACGAACCUGAUCUAGCUCGCUUCAGACCUGUUUAUGCUGCUAAAGAUUUUUUAGAAGUUGUAUCCAAUUUAAGAAAUGUAAACCAGAAUGAUUUUUUCAAUCUACCAGAUGUUACAGACUCUGAAAAAAUAAAUAAGAACAUAGGAAUGAUUCAAUGUCAAUUACGUACAUCAGAUUUUUCAAUGCUACGAGAAAUGUUCAAAGAAAUGGAUAUACAGAUAGCUCAAACGGGAGUCGAUGAUCAACCAAUUUUUCCAGCUGAAUCAUUUUAUAACGAGAGAUUAAAAACUGCAUUCAACGUUCUCAGUUCAGGCCUGAGUCAAGCAGCACAAAACUUCAGCAGAAGAGGUUGUCCCGUCAGUCUGAGAUCAAAACUCUGGUGUCUGUCGAUAGGCGUCGACGAAGCCAACAAGAGAUCAAACUACGGAGCUGUGUUUUACGAACAGCUUAAAGAAAACGUCGCCCAGCAGAAUUUGUUAAUUGACUCCUUGAUAUACAAAGAUAUAAAACUCACAGCUGCAAAUGAUGACCAGUAUUUUGUCUUUGAAGAUUAUAUCUAUCAAAUUCUACUUCCUUUCUCCAGAGACGAUAGUGUUGCCGAACGCUUAAUGCAUAAAAAUGAAAACGGUCAAAUAAACUGCUAUCCACCGAACGCUGUUGUACCAUUUCACGGAUUCGCAAUGUACGUAGCGCCGCUCUGUUGCGUUUACGACGAUCCAGUAACCUUAUAUUACGUCUUUCGAGAACUAUACACCAGACAUUUUUAUAAAUUGCACACUCUCUCGUCAUCCAACGACGGAAUCGUAUCGCUCUGCUUGCAAUUCGAAACAAUGUUAUUUGAACGAGAAACGCAACUAUUUACGCACUUGAAAUGUAUCGGUUUAGAACCACUUAAAACUGCAUUUAAAUGGAUUAUAAGAGCCUUCUCGGGCUAUCUCGCUAGUGAACAAGUUCUUCUAUUGUGGGAUCGCAUAAUUGGUUACAAUUCUUUAUACAUCUUGUCAAUUUUAUCAGCUGCUAUAUUUUCAUUCAGGAGAACUAACUUAAUGCAAGUUCAAAGUUCUUCUGCCGCCGAAGCUAUUUUAGUAGAUUUGUUAACAUUAGAAGUUGUUCCAUUAAUUCAAAUAUUUCUUUUUGCAGAUAAAUAA